CGCAAUCGAGUAGCGAACCUUAUUUUAAAUUAUCAAAAUAAGAUAACCUCUGAAUACAAUAUUUUUUAGGAAAAACCAUAUUUUAAUAUUUCUACAAAUUAAUACAAUGGCAACGAGUAGAUUAGAAAGGAUCGGCACCAUAUUCACUCGAGCGGAAGGCCUGAUUCUACGUGGAGCAAUUAAGCCAGAUGACAGACCACUGUGGUUCGACGUGUACAAAGCGUUCCCGCCGACUGUGGAGCCCAAGUAUGCGCGACCCAAGCCGCAAAACCAGACUAUCAAACCAAUCCUUUACAAAGAAGAUGUUACAAGAGCGAAAUUUCACUCCAAAGGUCAUGGGUUGAGCGCCAACAUGCUUAGCUUGACUGGAGAGACCCAAACUAGGAAGCUCAUACAAAAGUACCAGGAACUACAGUCUGAAGGGUUUUCGGAAGAAGAAUCACUUCAGAGGUCCGUUGAAGCGGUAGGAAGCGCGCGACAAGCUACUGAAACUACCAAAAUAACCCCAAAGAAUCCAGAUUCAGUCACUGCUAAAGUUCUUGCGGAGGCUGACCUUAAAAAUAUAUUUAAAGAAUAGUUUUACAUUUGCAUUUGUCUAAAUGUAGAUAUUGCUAUCCCUUUCCUAAUACUUCCUGCAGAAAAGUAUAGAUAUAACUCUUUUUGAGGUUUUUAGACCUGUCAAGUGUCAAUUUAGUUUAAAGACUACAACAGAAUUACCUACCCAGCCACGUUUAUUAGUGUGUAUUAAUGUUUGUUUCGUUAGCUAUAAGUAGUUAAUAAGUAGAUUUAUUAAAUUUAAUUGCUGUUAA